AUGGCAUCGAGCCCGACGGCGUCGAGGUUGCAGGUGGCAGUCUCCCCGGCCGCCGACUUCGGUACGGUGGGCGAUCCGGAGUUAUGGAAGCGGGUGAAGCAGGACGUGGAACGCCUCACAGGCAUGGCCAAUGUGAAAGCCUUCUUUUCCGAGCUUUCCCGAACCGUGGGGUUGGUUGGGCGUGGCGGAGAUCUACAAGGGACGGGCAAGAAGACCGUUGCCCGGCUCAUCGGCCGAUAUCUCUAUGCACACGGAGUGCUUCACCGUGGCACAUUCGUAGAGCUGCACGCGCCGGCACCCCAAGACGGAGGGCGGUUCCUUUAA